CAUCGGCGUUGCCACUCUCGUUGCAUUCCAUAUAGCUGUGCUGUGAAGUAAUCGAGUAAGUUCUCCCAGCAGCAGCUAGCCAUGGCGGCGAUGAUCGCCGGUGCGCGGGCGCUCGCGGUGGCGGCCCUCCUCUGCGCGGCCGUGGCGGCGGCCGCAGCGCAGCAGGCGUCCAACGUCCGCGCGACGUACCACCUCUACAACCCGGCGGAGAACGGGUGGGACCUGAACCGCGUCGGCGCCUACUGCGCCACCUGGGACGCCGGCAAGCCGCUGUCGUGGCGGCAGCAGUACGGCUGGACCGCCUUCUGCGGGCCCGCGGGGCCCAGGGGCCAGGCCGCCUGUGGCCAGUGCAUCCGGGUGACGAACCGCGGGACGGGCGCGUCGAUCACGGCGAGGAUCGUGGACCAGUGCAGCAACGGCGGGCUGGACCUGGACUUCGAGACGGUGUUCAAGAAGAUCGACACCAACGGGCUGGGCUACCAGAUGGGACACCUCAACGUCGACUACCAGUUCGUCGGCUGCUGAGUCAGAGAGAGAGAGAGUGGGGGGGGGGGCAUCGACAGUGUAGUCAGGCAGGGUAUCGGACGUUUGGUGUUGUGGAGUAAUGAGAUGGAUAGCAGAAGCUUUGCGUCUUUAGUUUGCAGGCAUGUGUGUGCAAAAUACUAAAUAAAUGGAACCAAAACAGAAAUAAGUUGCAUGUCAAUGUUUUCUCGCGUGUUAAAUUGUUAGUUCUGAUCCUUUUGCUUUCCAACAUACGAGAUAAAUCAUGUUCAUCUUUAAUAUA